AUGGUGCUGAAGGGUGGACGGGAGUUGCCUGUCGCUUCAUCCUCGAAUAACUGGGUAGUUCCGGACAGGUUACAAAGUUUGGCUGCUAAGCUGCCUAUUGAGCUUGUCCUUGCCAUUUAUGGCCAUCUCUCGCCUCAGGACAUCUGGAAUUGCACGCAUGUAUGCCGUCUCUGGUGCCAUGCCGGCAUCGACCUCCUCUGGUAUCGACCCAACAUUCAGAAGACUUCGGCAUUACUAAAACUCAUGACGACUUUGAAGAGUCCGAACCAGACUUUUCCUUACGGCGAGUUCAUAAAACGACUCAAUCUCACUGCAUUGGCCGCUCAACUUCCCGACGAAGUAAUCGACAAGUUCUCCGUCUGCACCAAAUUUGAGAGACUGACUCUCGCCGGUUCGAAAAAGGUUACCGAUGAAGGGUUGAAGAACAUCCUGCUGAACAACAGGUCAAUCAUGGCUUUGGAUAUUGCGUCGAUGGAGUUGAUCACGGACAAGUCGGUCGAGCUUAUUGCGGAAACAUGCCGAGGCUUACAAGGUCUUAAUAUGACGGACUGCAAAAACAUCACAGAUGAUGCGAUAUUGACAUUGGCCGACAGCUGUCCGAGUUUGCGGAGGAUUAAAGUGAGCAAUUGUGUCAAAUUAGGAGACACGUCUGUUCUGAAGUUGGCAGACAAAUGCAAGAAUCUGAUGGAAGUUGAUUUGAACAACUGCAGUACAAUCUCAGAUCAUGCGAUUGACACGAUCUUCCGCAAUCUUCCAUCCUUGAGAGAGUUCCGUAUCGCAGGAUGUUCCAACAUCACGGAUACUGCUUUCGAAUCCCUGACGGACGGAUCCAGCCCUUCUUUGCGCAUCUUGGAUCUAACUUCCUGCGCCCGGAUCACAGAUGAUACAAUCUCCAGGAUUGUCAACUCGGCGCAGAAGUUGCGAAACCUCGUCUUGGCCAAGUGUCCAAACAUCUCGGACCGCGGCUGCACCUACAUUGCACGACUCGGAAAGAACUUGCAUUAUUUGCACCUUGGACACUGCAGCGCCAUCACUGACCGCGGCGCGAUCACCAUCGCUCAGCACUGUCAACGCAUCCGCUAUCUCGAUCUCGCUUGCUGUUCUCAGAUAUCAGACAACUCCGUUCAACGGCUCGCCCAACUCCCCAAACUUCGUCGUAUCGGUCUGGUCAAAUGCGCCAACGUCAGCGAUCGAUCAAUCGAGGCCCUCAUCAACCGUCAAGGCGAGAACACGCUCGAGCGCGUGCACAUGAGUUACUGCGUCAGGCUGACCUUGACCGCUGUCCUCUACCUCGUCAACGCAUGUAAUAAAUUGACCCAUCUCAGUCUCACGGGUGUACCGUCUUGCAUGCGUGAUGAUCUCCGCCAGUUCUGUCGUCCGUCGCCACCAGACUUUAAUCAGCAUCAGCAAGCCGUGUUUUGCGUCUUCAGUGGUGAUGGCGUCAAAGCCCUCCGGAAACACCUCAAUGAGUUGUACGAGUUUCACCGCCAACAGGCCGAGACGCUGUAUCUGCAGCACCAAGGCGAGAACCCGGAGCAACUUGCUUUAAUGGCGGCACAAGGGGCACAGGUGAUGUUCGAUGGUGGCUUCCAUAACGUGGAUAACACGGGUAACGCGGAUAACGUAGACAACACAGAUGAUUUUGGGGAAGCGGAUGACAAUGACAAUGACAUGGAUGAAGGCGAAGAUUAG